AUGUCAACCGUCCCAGCCCAAAACCCCUCCGCAGACAAGAUUGACGUAGGAAAAAUGAUACGUACCGACACACUCGCCUCCAACAUCAUCUCCCGUCACAACACCGCCGACGCCGUCCUCGACACCGACGAGCUUACGCGACUCCAAGCAUUCUGCAGCGAUCACAGUCGAAAAGAUAGCAUACUUGACGGGCUGGACAUGGAGGCAGAUAAGGUCAGCCUUGUGGGGUAUACGCUGACUAGGCAUGGGACGGCGGAUCCUGCUUUCACGGAAGAAGAGCUGAAGGCGCUGAGUGUUUGGUUUGAGGGGAAUGAUGUGCUUGAUUGUUUGUGA